AGUGAGAGAGAGAGAGAGAAAGCUAGAAAUUAAGAGUUGAUCUCCUAUUCUAUCAGCUAGCUAGCUCAAAUUAAUGGGAGAAAGAGGUAGCUCUCCAUCAUCUUCAACAGAUAGCAGUAGCCACCCUGCUCUCUCCACUGCUUCAUCCUUCUCCAGACCAGCCAGAGACUUAAGCACUGAUUUAAGACUAGGCCUCAGCAUAUCAUCAUCUUCUUCCAUUGCAAGGGAUCAAGGAUCUGAUUGGCCACCAAUCAAACAACUUCUUAGGAGCACUUUGGAAGAUAAAAGAAGCCAUCAUCGCCAUCCUACCACUUUCUUUGUCAAGGUUAACAUGGAUGGCAUUCCAAUUGGCCGCAAGCUUGAUUUGUUCACUCUUAACAGCUAUGAAGCCCUUACCAAAACUCUUAGCAAGAUGUUCAGAACUUCCAUUCUUCGUCCUGAUCUUGCACAAGUACCUUCAAAGAACAGUCAUGUACUUAUUUAUGAAGACAAAGAAGGAGACUGGAUGAUGGUUGGAGAUGUCCCUUGGGAGAUGUUUCUAGCGACUGUGAAGAGGGUGAAGAUCACAAGAGCUGAUAACUGCUAGUUCAUGAGAGUUUUGCUUUGUAGCUUAAUGGUUAAUUAAAAUAGCAUAGAACUAAUUAAACCAGUUGCAUGUACAGACAUCGAUCAUAUAUGUAAAUAUUAAUGCAUGUAUAGAGAAUGAUGAGUUUCAGAUAUAUUAAUAUAUAUAUAUAUAUAUAUAUAAUAGUUUAUAAUGAUGAUGAUGAUGAGAGCUAGAGUACUACUAGCUAGUAGACAUUAAGGUUGAAGUUUGUGAAAAAUUUUA